AAAGGAAAGUAUUAAACAGAAAUGAAUACUGGAACGAUUAUUUAGGUGAUAAGAGUUGACUAAAGUCUUGACAGGUGGAGGGUCCAUAGUCUCUCAUUUUCCAUAUAAAUAGAGAAUCAUGAGCUCCUCGUUAUAUCAGUAUCUCUCUCUCAAAGCCAAAUAAACAUUUUAGAUUUUUUCUUCAGUUUCUUAGAGAAGAUGUCUUGCUGUGGAGGAAACUGUAGCUGCGGAUCUGACUGCAAGUGUGAUGGCUGCAAAGGUUGCAAGAUGUACCCAGACUUGGGCUUCUCAGGGGAGACUACCACCACCCAGACUCUUGUCCUCGGCGUUGCUCCGUCGAUGAACUCUCAGUAUGAGGCUUCUGGCGAGACUUUCUUCGCCGAGAAUGAUGGAUGCAAGUGCGGAUCUGACUGCAAGUGCGACAACCCUUGCACUUGUAAAUGAACAACCCCAAUAAACCCAAACCCCAAGUAUUUAAAGUAAAACCUGAUGUUAUGUUUGCUAGUAUGUAAUAAUGACUUAUUUCGCCGGUUGUUUGGCUGGCUAUGUGAGUCCUGUUGUUUUUCGUCUUCUUCUGUGUGUGUGUUUAAGGUUUGGUCAUAAGAUAUCUCUGCAUAUUGUAUCUGUGUGACUAUAUAUGAUUCGAAAGUUGCAUGUUGUAUCUGUGUGACUAUAUAUGAUUCGAAAGUGUUAUGUGGUUUGUAAUUUGAAGUUUCAGUCAUAUCUUUUUAAGGUUGCUU